UAUCCUGAUACACGUUUGAGUGCCGGACUAGAAGCAUUGGCGAUGGAAGAAGCGAAAAAGGUUUUAGAAAGGGUUGUUUUGAAUGGAGAUCCAUAUUUAGAUUUGUCUUCUUUGGAUCUCGACUUUCUACCGAGUGAUAUUCUAUCUAAGACACUUCGUCACGUCACCAUUUUAAACGUCGAUUACAAUGAUUUGAAAUGCUUACCAAACGAGAUUUCUGUCCUAUCUUCGUUGAGAGAACUAUCCGCUACUGGAAACCAGCUGGAAGAACUUCCGGAUACUAUGAUAGAGCUAAAAAAAUUGGAAUCACUUCACUUAAACGAGAAUUGCCUAACCGUAGUGCCUGCGUUUUUAGCGCAGCUGCAGCAUUUGCAAGUUCUGGACGUCAUUGGCAAUGGAAUCGAAUCCUGGAAGGAGGGACUUGCGGAAUGUCUGUCAGAACUGCGGUUGGAUGAGAAUAAUUUGACAACCCUACCCGAGUCUUUCAGUUGUAUGAAGAACCUUAAGGUGUUGGAGUUGGGAGAAAACAAUCUCACAAGCCUGCCAGAGGAUAUGGGAACACUGAGCAAGCUAGAAAUCUUAAACUUGAGCAGUAACAACCUAUCUAGUCUACCACACUCAUUGGGAGACCUGCCUAGUUUAAAAAUGUUUGACCUAAGUGGUAACAAAAUUGAAAAUCUACUGGAAAAAUUUCAAUCUGCCAACACCAUAGAAAAUUUCUUUAUUAACAAUAACUAUCUGAAGUCUUUACCUGCUUGGUUUGGACAGUUGGGUUGCAUUGAGAAUCUGGGAAUUGCAGACAAUCAGUUGUUGGGAAAUCCUCUUCCAGAUUCCUUUGGAACUGUAUCUGGAAAGACAUUGAAGACUCUAGAUCUUUCUGCAAACAACAUCUCAAACUUGCCCGAAACUGUAGGAGACUUACAGAAGCUGGAAAAGCUAAAGCUGGGAAGCACAAUUUGUGAACUUGAGAGAAGGGCAUUUCAAAAUGGAAACUGGCUUUUAACAUUACCAAGUAGUUUUGGAUGGAUGUUGAGCCUACAGAAGUUGCAUUUAGAUGAGAAUCAAUUAGUGGAGUUGCCAGAAAAUUUUGGUUUUCUAGCUAAUUUGGAAUGGGUUGAUUUUGGGCAAAAUCGUCUACAAAGUCUGCCUCCCUCAUUCUGUUCCCUAUCCAAGCUUUGGUAUCUUCAGUUGUCUCAAAACUACCUGAAAACUCUUCCUGAUGAUUUUGGCAAUCUUACAAGCCUGAUUGAAUUGAGGUUGAACAACAACUACCUUGCAGAGCUCCCCAGUUCAUUUGCAAAUCUGGCUAAUCUUCAAACCUUAGAUUUGUUCCACAAUGAACUCACAAAGAUUCCUAAAGAACUUUUGAAUCUUAAGAGGCUCUUGAGACUGGACUUGGAUAAGAAUAAAUUUAAACUGAAAGCUGGUAAAAUUCCAAAGUUGACAAAGCAAGUUAAAUAUCCAGACAGAGAUCCGAGCUUGAAAGAAGACUGGCGUGGUAAGAUGAGGGAAGAUUAUAUUGACACUAGUGCAGUGAAAACAGUUGAGAUACUAAAUGAUGUCAUUGAUACAAGUGAAGAUGACUCCAAUGAGGAAGAUGCUGAUGACCCAGGUUACUGUGAAGCAGCUUUAGAAUAUGCCAUGAAAAGAAGUUUGUCAAUAUGGAAGUCACAUGAAGGUGCAGAUGAGAGAGAAGUUCAUGAUAGAGAGCAAACUACUAGAGGGUUAAUUCCUAAGUCGUCCUCAAUAUUCCUAUCUCAGGAAGCAGAGACCUUUGUUAAACUCUCUAAAAACAUUUAUUCUGAAAUUUUUGAAGAUGUCGAUGAUUUAUAUGACUGUGAGUCCAAUCAGGGAAGUCUAGCCCAAUCAGAAUACCAUGCAGGCACAAGAAAUGGAAACAACAAGGAUCUAUCAAAUGCAGCUCUCUUUGAAGAACUUCAGCAGGAUGGACCUCAAACCAAAGGUUCUCUGUUGGAUGGGCCAUUGCCAAGUGUACUGGACACUGCUGAGGACUGGGAUAAGGAAAUAGAAGAUUCAUUGGCUUAUAAUCUUAUACUGGAAACAUUUGAGCAAAGGAGUCAUAACAAAGUUAAUUUUCAAAACCAACUGCAAAACUUGCUGUACUCAUAUCCUCCUGCAUUCCAAGCCUUCACCAAGACAGCAAACUAUGAAUCAGCCGUUUACUCAUUCCCUGCACCACAUCUAUGCAGUGCUCAGCUGUCCUUCUCGUUAGACACUGGGCAGUUUGAUGAUGCCGACGAGGAAGUGCUUCCUAAAUUGUGAGUCUUGUUUAAGGUGCAUCUUGUUAGAAGUUUUAGCCAAUAUUACCAGUUGUACUCUGAACCUCAGAGGUUUUGUAUCAUUUGUUGUGUUUGAUUUGUAAAUGCAAAUGAAAUGAAUGGUCUAUUUCUCUUUUCUUGCAUUGUAAUAUGGUUAUUGUACCACUGUAACAAGAUUAAAUCUGUGUUGGUAGAGCAGAUCAUUUCUGCCAUCUAAUAAUUCUUUCUUCAUUUAACAUUGUGGUUGACUUAGAGCACCCUUGUUGGCAUAUUUUUUGUAACUGCAGUUAAGAGAGUUCAGUUGCGACUCUUUGUUGAAAUAAUGA